CACAAAUCAAAAUGGCGUGCGUCGUUACAGUAUGGUAGGGAUUUAGCAACAUCGUAAUAGAUUGCACUCUUAUAUGUCAUUCAGUCGUGUAGUACGUCUCGGCUGUUGCGUCACUGGCACAGCGUUAUUCGGGGCUAAAGCAGCAUGGUCCGCCGAUUGGAGUAAAGGUGAUCAGGCUCUACCAUUUUUUGGCCAGUUGAAAAGUUUAGCAGCCAGCAUCAAUAAAAGAUUUCCAUCAAUACUAAGUGCUCGUGCUAUCUGUAGUGAAAAUAUCAGUAUAAAGCCAUGGAACUGGGACUGGGACGGAAGAAAUCCCCCUAAUAUUAGGACGGAUGCCUCUUUACAGAAUGAAAUAGUGAUACCAAAACCAAAGUGUACACGACACCUUCUAUUUAUUCGCCAUGGCCAAUAUCAUUAUGCGAAAGAAGAUUCUGACUGUCACCUGACAGGGCUUGGACGCCAGCAACUGGAAUGUACUGGAAUGCGUUUACGAGAACUCAAUUUCCCAUAUAGGAAAUUAUACUACUCCACGAUGACGCGUGCUGUCGAAUCAGCUGAGUUGGUGUUAAAUCACCUUCCCGAUGUUCAGGCAGAACCAUCAGACGCAUUACGCGAGGGUGCUCCUUACGUUCUGGAACCACCCCUCGUAUAUUACCAACCCACACCAAAAGACAUAGAAGAAGAUGGCUCCCGCAUUGAACUUGCAUUCCAAAGACAUAUACACCGUGCAGAUGUGAAACAAGAAGCCGACACAUAUGAAGUAGCUCUACAGUUUCCACCUGAAGCUUGGAUAAGGUUUUCCCUUGAUCACGGCAGUAUAACGUGGCUUGUCGUCCGGCCUGAUGGGCGCGUUACGUUGAGAUGGUUAGGAAACUCAGGACAUAUGCCCCCCGAACUCAUUUCCGUCCAGUAAAUUUCUAGGAACUUUGCUUCAUUGUACAGUGUAUAUUACGUGUAAUUAAAGUUUCUUGUUUUGUAA